AUGGAUGGGCCCAUGGCACAACAGACAGUGUCCCGUUGUUUACAAGAGGUAACAACUGCACUUAAUGCACCCCACAUACUAAGGAAGCACAUAAGAUUCCCACAAAAUAGGAAUGAAAGGAAUCUUAUUAAGCAGAAAUUUUAUGAUAAAUAUGGGCUACCCGCUGUGGUGGGGUGCAUCGAUUGUUCACAUGUAGCCAUAGUGAGGCCUUCGGAGCACGAGGAACGAUAUUUUAAUCGAAAACAUUUUCAUUCGAUUAAUACUCAAGUUAUAUGUGACAGUGAUUUAUUAAUUACAAAUGUUGAUGCUUCAUAUGGUGGAGCAACUCACGACGCUUAUAUUUGGAGGGAAUGUGAGAUAAGAAACCACUUGGAGGGUCUCCAGGAUGAAACAGUUUAUCUAUUAGGUGAUUCUGGUUAUGCUCUAAGGGAGCAUAUGAUGACACCUGUAGAUAAUGCUGUUGAGAACUCUCCAGAGGGAAGGUACAAUUACCUCCAAAAACGUGUACGCUGCACCAUAGAACGCACAUUUGGUGUAUUGAAGGGUCGAUGGAGAUGUCUUUUGGCAGCUAGGGAACUCCAUUACUGCCCAGAAACAGCAGGUAAAAUUAUAUUAGCCUGCUGUGUUUUACACAACAUGUGUAUAAGGGCUGGUAUUGAAGGUCCCGAGUUGACUGAAGAGGAACACCAAUCGGAGAGAACCCGGCAGGUUCCCUUUGAAACAGCCGCAUCUUCUACUCAAGCUCUACAGGCAGGUCGAAGGGCAAGGAAUUCAUUAAUACAAAUGUUAGAAAGGAACCGGAGAUAA